AUGCCGUUCCCAAACACCUUGAACGAAAAGCCCAAGGUCAUCUUCUUCACAGACUUCGAUGGCACUAUUACUAUGCAGGACACCAAUGACUACAUUACCGACAAUCACGGGUUCGGCCUUCAGCAGCGCCGCGCGGGCAACAAACUCAUCCUCGAUGGUGUCGACUCCUUCCGUGACGGCUUCCAGAAGAUGAUCGACUCUUGGAAAGUGAGUCUGACUGAAAUGAUUGCGAUUCUCGAGCAGAAUAUUUCGCUAGAUCCCCACUUCCGCGAAUUUGUGCUGUGGGCGAAGGAGCACAAAGUGCCCAUUAUUGUGUUGAGUAGUGGUAUGGUGCCAGUCAUUGCGGCGUUGCUAAACAAACUCCUGGGCGAGGACCUGAUGAAGGAUAUUGAGAUUAUUGCCAAUGAGGCUGAACCGAUCCCGCCAUUGAACGAUCUAGGAAAGGUGAAGGGCUGGAACAUCAAAUUCCACGACGACAGCUCUUUCGGACAUGAUAAGUCCCUCACGAUCCGCCCAUAUGCAAAUGCUAUUGCUGCAAUGCCAGAAGAAGACUCCAAGCCGACCUUGUUGUAUGCUGGUGAUGGUGUUUCGGAUCUAUCUGCUGCCCGUGAAACCGAUCUUUUGUUUGCCAAAGAAGGCCACGACCUGAUCGUAUACUGUGAACGAGAAGGUAUUCCGUUCACUACCUUCAAAGACUGGUCUUUAAUUCUACAGGAGACGAAAGAAAUCUGGUCAGGUGCAAAGAGUGUGAGGAAUGUGGCUGAGGAGGGCCUACAGAGGCAUAGGACGAACUCGAUGGAGAUGCAGAGAAGACCACCCACGAAUGUCUUCAAUCGAAAGAUGAGCUUGUCGCAGGAGCAGAGACCGACCGGGAUUGAGUAG